AUGCUGGAUCGUGGUAGUCGCUUUAAUUUCAAAGAUUCACUGUAUGAAGCAUUUUCCCAAGCUCAAGCGAGAAUUCGAAAACUUUUGAUUCGUAAUGCGGAUACUUUUCCUCAACAUCCGAAUUAUGCCUUUUCUUUCUGGAAAUGGGCAUUACAAUUCUUCUUCCUGGAAGUUCGCAUUGCGAAUUUUCGUCUUCGAAUUUUGUAUCGAGGUGCUUCUAGUGUCGGUGUGCAAUCCACUUUGAUAUUUCCAAUGGCAUAUCCAGGAGCCGUCAAGAUUUUAUCCCAGGACUUCAUAAAGGCGAUAAUCCAAGUCCUUCUCAGGACUACACACCGACAAAUGAUUCCCAAGUUCUCCCUGCCCAAUACCUUUCAACUAUAUCCCUAUAGCGGUGGCAAACUUUGCGAUGGCGGACCUCAAGACCAUCAUGCUGAUGGCAGAUUUCCGUCUCAAAGAAGGGGAGAAUCUCUCCACCUUCAAAGAGAGCUUUCAUAUCUCUGCAGAAGUGCUGGGAUACCUCGCUAUAUAGAUCUGAAAAGGAAACAGUCAAUCCCAGCUACGAUCAGCGAAGCCCUUCCACCAGCCAAGGCAGAUAAAAUAGCCGCCUGGCACGCUGGUCUGAAAGCAUGGCAAAAUCAUGAUCGAGGAUAG